AACACAAAGCUAUGGACACAUAAUUGGCUUCUUCGGAAAAAUGUUAAUUUGACACUUUGUGUCUGAAAGCUUCAGAAAAAACACAUAAGUGGACCUUGAGAUGAGAAUUUUUUAGUCAAAUCGGUGUUUCCAAGGUCAAGAAUCACACAGCUCAACAAUGUUAAUGCUCUGGAGGAGCCACAGUCAAGACGUGUCCAUUUGUGGCCCCUGGAACUCAACAGAGCUUUAAAACGUUUAAAGAAGAAUGAGAAAAGAUUAACCAAACGUAUCAACAAAGACUGAAUGAAGGCUGCAACUGCUGCCAAAAAGGUGCUUCUACUCUUAUGACUUGAAGAGGGCAAACACUGGCUUAAGUACAGUUUUGAGGUACUUGUACUUCACUUGGGUAUUUCCAUUUUAUGCUACUCUUUACUCCACUACAUUUAUUAGAUAACUGAAGUUACUUGUUCAUUUACAGAUUCAGACAAAAUACAAAUCAGCUAAUUACUAGCUGAAAUUAGUUAAGUAAGAAAAAUAUCUGAAAACGUCUUCCACCACUGUGAUUUGCUUUUUGUAGAAAUGUGUCUUUACAUUGACAGUAAAGUAUUUUUGCUGCACAUCUGCAGUGAUCACAAAUAUAUCCUAGGGGGAGUGAUCACUUUUUUAUAGGUACUGUGCAUUGGUCUAACAUUGCUGUGCUCUUUAGGGUGGGGGGAGUCCCCCUUCUAUGCAAAGGGGGAAGUCCCAAAUCAGACAGUGAGUUCAUACCCAAAUCAGCUUCCAUGCUGAAAUACAGGCCUGUCUCAUGCUCAUCUUCAAACCAAGGAUUCUCCCAGCGCUUCUUCAUCUCGCCAGUGUGAGGGUUAUCAGGGCCGAUGGGUAGAGAGUGUUUACCGGGUCAGUACUGGGACUCCUUGGUGAAAGAAUGUAUGAACUGUAGUAAGAUAUGCCAGCAAGCACAUAUCAGCUCCAGAUGCACCAGUUACUGUGAGUAUGCAAAUUGUAAGGCACUGCCUGGCCACUUCUAUGAUGGGCUGCUGAAGAAAUGUAUGAGGUGCGCCGAGCUUUGUGGCAGACAUCCAGCAGAAUGCUCCCAGCACUGCUCGAUUCCCUCACACGUGCCAGGGACGGUAGUACCGACAGCCCUGGAGGAGUCCAGUAUUCUGCUCUACUCCCUGCUGGCCCUAUCAAUGGUGCUGCUGUUUUCUAGCUUGGCUCUAGCCAUGGCUGUCUUGCUGAAGAGGUCCAGGGCCAAAACCUCCAACUUAAGAACCAAGGAGGCUGACCACAAACAAGAGUCUGUUGUCCAGCCAGGCCAGGAGGUUGGCCAGUCGGGGUACUAUGCCUCAGAUUUUGUUACAAAUUCAAGCCGUCUCACUGACCGCGAGCCAUCAGAUGAAUGCAGCCCUACUGAGACCUGUGUGUGUGUCCACUGUUUCCCUGAUCUGAAAGCACUAGGGCAGGGCAAUGACAGGCUACACAGAGCGCCCUUUUCAUUAUACUCGCCUCCUUUCCUCCAAAGAGCCCAGAUGCAAAAGGAAGACCCCCUUUGGACUCAGGUGGACCUAUACACCGAUGGAAUGGAGGUGCAUGAGGAGGCUGCAGUGGGAUGAGGCUUAUUUGCUUCCUUACAGGACAACUGAAAUUGUCCCCAGCUCAUAGGAGAAGAUGGUCAGAGUAGUGGAUUUUCCGUCAGACUGUAGAUGUCAUGACAAAGGUUUUGGACUGUGAAACUGAAAAAAAAAAAAAAAACGUGUUAAAAGGGGUGCUUGCUCAAUGUUGGUGCCCUGACAUUGCUUCAUGACUUCUGUUAAACUGUCAAACAUCGACUACUAACAUGCAUGUCUGGUCUAGUAGUGUUCAUAAUCCAAAAAACAAAAAAAAAAAAAAAAAAAAAUGCAAAUCAAAAACAACCAAAUUACAACCAAUCUUCCAUCUGUUUAGAUGCCAAUGAAUUUCAUCAAAUAAACUUGUCAUAUGAAUUGAAGAAAUCGAGAAUACAAAUUCGGAGUAUUUGCAUGAUAAAAAGUUACUACUAUCACUAGUAAAGUUUUGCUUUUUGUUUAAAUCCACAAUCCUUUAAUUGUGGAAGAACGAAGUCAAGGUGGAGGAGAACAAGCUCCCACAGCUCUCUCUCACUGACUGCAUGCAAGCUAAAAGGGUCAUGAAAAAGACCGACUAGCUUCAGGAGCACAACAGGUCAUGGUCACCCACACAAGCUCAACGACAACAGCAUAUGAUUGCUAACUGUCAUCUUGCUGUGUCAGUUCUCCUGUAAAUAAUCAGUCGUGCUUUUUGGUUUGAUACCACAACUGAGAGUCGACAAAGUCAAAUGUUCAGGUCCUACUGAUUCCUCAUUGAGGCUAGAAGUCUGCAAUCAAAAUGUAAAUGCAGGGGCAGAGGCAUGAGCUCAUUCUGGGCAGUUACUAUCUGCAGAAAAUAUAUAAUUAAUCAUCUUUAUUUGUCCACAAAUGUGGAAAUUUGCCUUUGGCUUUUCUGGUGGGUUAAAACACCAUCAUAGAAAAUUCUUUGUGUUCCAUUGUGAAUGGUGCUGGAAUUUAGCAAGGUUUUUGCCUUUUGUACAAGACUUUCUCUAAAAUGUUCUGGCUUACAUCGUUUUAAUCCAACUUCCUGAUUAGAUACGAGCUCUGCACUUCUUUUUAAAACAUUUAUAGUGUUGGCUGUAAAAAAAAAAAAAAAA